AUGGUCUCAUUGGCCUUCCUGGCCCUGCCCAGCAGGUGCUGUGACCACACCCAUUCUGUGGAGGAAGAAGCUCAGUUUUCCUCUGAUGGGUUGGGGGCAGCCGGUACUGAGACUACCAGGGACAUGAAGGCCCAUCUCCAAGCCUCCUCACUGCUGUGUCCCCGGAGCAGCUCCAGCGCUUCCAGAGUGCAGGAUAAACACCAGGCGGCAUUCUCCCUCUGGGCCCUCUCACUACAGGCUGGAGCUCCCAGUACAUCCCCAGACAAAUACCUCAGCCUGGACCAGGAGCCCAUGAGCAUGGGCCAGUCAGCCCUGGCUCCAGCUGGCCGCUGCCUGGCCAUGGUCCCUGCUGGGCUCUUCACGGUCUCUCUGAUGGGGCCAUGCAGGAACUUUCCCUUGGCUGGUGCGGACGGGCAUCUUACGCCCAAGGAGGUGGGUGCAGACGUCUCCAUGGAGGCUUGCUGUGCAGACGGACAUCGAACGGCCACCCAGGAGAGGGACUGCUCGCUGCCGUACACCUCGGAAUCCAAAGAAUGCAGGAUGGUCCAGGAGCAGUGCUGCCACAACCAGCUGGAGGAGCUGCACUGUGCCACAGGCAUCAACCUGGCCAAUGAGCAGGACAGCUGUGCCACAUCCCACAGUGACAGCGCCAGCCUAGAGGCCAUUGUUGUGAAGAAGUGCUGCCAUUGCUGCCUGCUGGGGAGGGCAGCCCAGGCCCAGGGCCAGAGCUGUGAGUACAGCUUCAUGGUUGGCUAUCAGUGUGGACUGGUCUAACAAGCGUGCUGCGUCAAGGGCCAGGAGACCACAGACUUUGCCCCGGGGGACGUCGGGGACCUCCAAGAACCGGCUGAGAUUUCUGAGGUCGAGGAGGAACAGGAGGACCCCUACCUGAAUGACCGCUGCCGAGGUGGUGGGCCCUGCAAACAGCAGUGCUGUGACACGGGGGACAAGGUAGUCUGCUCGGGCUACCAACUACUGGCUGAUGGCGUCUCCUGCGAAGAUAUCAAUGAAUGCAUCAUGGGCAGCCACAAUUGCCGGCUUGGAGAAUCCUGCAUCAAUACAGUGGGCUCUUUCCGCUGCCAGCGAGAUAGCAGCUGCGGGACUGGCUAUGAGCUCACAGAGGACAAUAGCUGCAAAUAUAUUGACGAGUGUGAGAGUGGUAUUCAUAACUGCCUCCCCAAUUUUAUCUGUCAGAAUACUCUGGGAUCCUUCCGCUGCAGACCCAAGCUACAGUGCAGGAGUGGCUUUAUACAAGAUGCUCUAGGCAACUGUAUUGAUAUCAAUGAGUGCUUAAGUAUCAGUGCCCCGUGUCCUGUCGGGCAGACAUGCAUCAAUACGGAGGGCUCUUAUGCUUGCCAGAAGAAUGUGCCCAACUGUGGCCGUGGCUACCAUCUCAAUGAGGAGGGAACUCGCUGUGUGGAUGUGGAUGAGUGUUCGCCCCCCUCCGAGCCCUGUGGGACGGGACAUCGCUGUGUGAACUCCCCAGGCAGCUUCCGCUGCGAGUGCAAGCCUGGUUACUAUUUCGAUGGCAUCAGCAGGACGUGCGUGGACAUCAAUGAGUGCCAGCGCUACCCUGGGCGCCUGUGUGGCCACAAGUGCGAGAACACGCCCGGCUCCUACCACUGCAGCUGCUCCGUGGGCUUCCGGCUCUCCGUGGACGGCCGCUCGUGUGAAGACGUAAACGAGUGCAGCAGCAGCCCCUGCAGCCAGGAGUGUGCCAACGUCUACGGCUCCUACCAGUGCUAUUGCCGGCAUGGCUACCAGCUCAGUGACGUGGAUGGGGUCACCUGCGAAGACAUUGACGAGUGUGCCCUGCCCACCGGGGGCCACAUCUGCUCCUACCGCUGCAUCAACAUCCCCGGAAGCUUCCAGUGCAGCUGCCCCUCAUCUGGCUACAGGCUGGCCCCCAACGGCCGCAACUGCCAAGACAUUGACAAGUGUGUGACUGGCAUCCACAACUGCUCCAUCAAUGAGACCUGCUUCAACAUCCAGGGUGGCUUUCGCUGCCUGGCCUUCGAGUGCCCUGAGAACUACCACCGCUCUGCAGACACGCUCCGCCAGGAGAAGACAGACACCGUGCGCUGCAUCAAGUCCUGCCGCCCCAACGAUGUGGCUUGCAUGCUGGAUCCGGUGCACACCAUCUCCCACACUGUCAUCUCGCUGCCCACCUUCCGCGAGUUCACCCGCCCUGAAGAGAUCAUCUUUCUCCGGGCCGUCACGCCACUGUAUCCUGCCAACCAGGCUGACAUCAUCUUCGACAUAACAGAAUGGAACCUGCGGGACUCCUUUGAUAUCAUCAAGCGCUACAUGGAUGGCAUGAACGUGGUAACUUCUGCAUGCCCUGGGAACUUCGUCCUAGCCUCUGGAGGUGGCUCUCCCAGCACCCAGCUGGACUCGGGCCCAGGCAUGAAGCAGCCCUGGGAACGUGGGGUCGAAGCCUCGCCGGCCCCUUGCCACCCAUCCCUGAGCGCACUCACCCCUGCCCUCAUUCAGUCCUCACAAGCAGCGUCUUGGACAGAAACUCGCUCCGCCAGUGGAGAGGACAAGGCGUUUUCCGGGGCCUCUCAGGCCCACAUCUGCUGCUCCCUGCUGUGGCGUGGGAAGCCCCUGAGCCCUGGAGACCUGCCCACUCACAGGUGCCCGCUGAACACCUGCCCACUCUAG